UCACACAAGUAAUGCCACUUAUGACCUGCUUGACAUAAGUUUGAUUGCUAAAAACAAAAAUUAAAGACCAAUCCAUUUGAAGGACAAAAAUUAAAAACCAGCCCAUUUGGAGGUCAAACUGUGCAAUUUCUUUUAUUCUAUUUGCUGCAACAAUAAAAUCAGAGCAUUGAUCAAGAACAAAAACAUAGGUAUACGUGAUAGAACCUAUGUUUUUCUCUCGGAGCAUUUUAGCCAGGAUUGCUAACGUGCACCUAGUAGACUAAAACAAUGGUUCGUACUCGGAAAACAACGACACCGGUGAAGCUCGUAACACCGGCAGAUGGAACUUGCCACCGUUUACCUUCGAUUACUUUUGGAAGCUUCCUCCCUCCACAAUUUCAAUCUAUUCCGGAGGAGGUUGAGGUCUUCUGCUCUGACACAGACUCGCAAACAUCGGUCAAACUAUAGGAUUUUGGAGACUCUGUCGCCACUCCUGCAGCAAGACUACCGCAGUUCUCUGAAGCGGCGACAUCAACACAACCAACUCCUUCUGACCAGUUGGAUUUCAGACAAAAUUGCCUGGCCCAAAAAGGUGAUUCUCCCUGGGCUGCCCGUGGGAUAUUGGUCCACUGAGGCGUUAAAUAAACUUACAACUGCAAUUGGUCGUCCCCUCCACACAAACAAGUUCACGGCUGAAAUGGACAAUAUAUAGUAUGCUC